GAAGGAAGGAAGGAAGGAAGGAAAGAGGGGGCGGCGAAAGCAGAGCUGUGAUGCAGGCGGUGAAUCACAUGAGCAGGGUUCUGUUUACAAACCGAGAGCUAAGUGGAGAAGAGAGACGAGGGAGGAGAGUGAACGUGAGAGGAGCCUGGAUCAGAAUUAAGAUUAGCGCCGUUGUCUUCCUGUGUUACGCCGUGGGUUCUGCGUAUGGAGCAGGGAGGCAGAUGGAGGCGCUGCCAUCGACUUUCCACGGGAGAACCUGCCCGGAUAACGGGGAAAUUCAUCCGUGUCGAUUUUCUUUGUCUCUCCACAGCAGGAAUUUGAAGCCAUUGAUAAAAAGAGUGACACAAGGACAUAACGGUGACUUGGGAUUGCAUCCGUGAGUCCACGUAGGUUUCUUUGUCAUCCACUGAAGAUACAAAGGCGGAUCUGACAGUCGACGGGAGUGUUUAGUGGAUGGAUCCUUUGUGUUUUAAACUAAGUAAACCUGGUUUUAGUUACCAAUCCCAGAGAACUUGUUGAGAAACCCAAAACUUUUCCCGGCUGAGUGCCGGUCAACCAUUCACACGUUAUUGGAUGCAUCCGGUUCACUGGUGUUACGGGUGUCUGUGCGACUUUGAACUGCAGCACUUCGUCCCUGACUGCAAGAUGACAAGCGAAAGUCUCUUCAACCUGCCGCUGAAUAUUUACAUCAUCAUCCUGGGCAUCGGCCUCUUCAUCCUCAUGCUCAGCCUCAUCGUCUGCUGCUACUUGUUCAGACUAAGAAGACAAGGUACAAGAGAGCAUUAUGGCUACAAUGAGGUAGUUCUAAAAGGAGCGGGAAAGAAACUGAGUCUUCUUGGUCAAACGUGUGCAGUAUGUUUGGAAGAGUUUCGCAGCAGGGAUGAGCUUGGAGUGUGUCCGUGUUCCCACGCUUUUCAUAAGAAAUGUCUGCUGAAAUGGUUAGAAAUCCGGAGUGUGUGUCCGAUGUGUAACAAGUCAGUUUGUCGAAUCCACAAUGAGCCCCAACAAACUUCUGAGCAGCCACAGAGUCUCUCGGAGGUCUGAUAAAGGAGCCCUACCCAGCAAUGCACAGCACUCUCCGUUCAGCUGAACUCUCUGACACAGUUUUAUUUUUAUUUUUUUUUCUUUCUAAAAUUGGAAAUAUUUUUUUGAGGCAGAGUUACUCUUGCAGAGAUUUUAAAAUAAACAUUGUUGUGAUCAGAAGAACAUUUUUGGAAAAAAGACACAAGGUAAUGGUAACAACAUCUUAAUGUGGGAUUUGUAAAUCAAAGUAAGAAUGCUUAAUGUCAAAUAUCUUGUGCUCAAGUUGGUUGAAAGUCCACAUCAGGUUGUGAGUUGAAAUAUACUUUUUUUCCAGAUUAAUUGGUAACACCGUAAUAUCCUGGAUUUUGUGCAAACAGAAACUGACAGUGGUGCAACGAAAAGACACUGCUUUAUGUACAAGGCAGCCAUAUUGAUUAAAACUUUCCAGUAAGCUAGCUGAGAAAGUUCCUGUGACUUUGAACUCAACUUGAAUGCUAACAUUCUCAGUACAUGGGCUCAUGCUAAUGCUAAGUGCCUUAAAGUCAUGUAAGCAUACUAAUAAGUUUUUAGCAUUAUAUUUCAACCUGUUCAGUGCCAGCAGAGAAGUGAAGUGACCUAACCAAGACGUAGACUAUGUAUUCAGGGCUAGUGGUAGCAAAAAAAUGUGACAUACAGUGGAUCCCUGUUGAUUUUUCUGUAGAACUUUGCCUCCAAAUUAUUUGCGGAAAACGUACUCGUUGAUUGGAAGCUGAGAAAGCUAGGGGCAAUGCUACGUGAUAUACUAUUGGCUGGUGUUUGGGAAACAGCCAAUCCAGGAGCUCCCUACAUUUUCCUUACCGCUGAUUGGCUGAACCCACAAACACGAAGAUAAGGACAACAGACGCGUUAUCUUCUGCGGUAGUGUUACAACGGUUUUCAUUUUCAUAUUAUUACAGGUUAGAAGAUAUAUAAUUUGAAUUGUUAUAAUUAGCAGUUGCAAGCAUUUUAGAAGGGUUCCUAAGUAUUCAGUAUUUGAGCUCUUAGCGGACGGUUAUAUUCUCUAACCUGCGAAUAUCGAGAGCCCACUGUAUAAAGUUGAGUUGUUUACUGGUUGUUUGUCUUUUACGUGCGAAAAUUUGAUGUGAAUUCAAUAAGACGAAGUUCAAACCUCACGUUUCUUUCCAACAAAACAUUGACAAGGUGUAACGUACACAGAAAAGAGUCAAUCGGGCUACCAUCGUACACACAGACUAA